UUCCAGGACCCGCGGCCCGGUGCGCCCAAGGGGCCGAAAGGCGUGUACGGCGUGCCGCGUGCCUACGAGCGCUCGUUCCGCUGGAAGUUGUCGCAGUUCCGCUACCUGUGCCAGUCCAACGUGCUACCAUCCCACAUCAAGACAGUCGCCCGCCAGUCGCUGUUCGAGGACAGCUAUCACCAGAUCAUGCGGCUGCCCGCCUACGAGCUAAGGCGCAGGCUCUAUAUCAUAUUCAGAGGCGAGGAGGGGCUCGAUUAUGGCGGUGUGUCUAGAGAAUGGUUUUUUCUGCUAUCGCACGAGGUGCAACCGAUGUACUGCCUGUUUGAGUAUGCCAACAAGAACAACUACAGUCUGCAAAAACCGGCCUCCUACGUCAAUCCCGAUCAUCUGCUCUAUUUCAAGUUCAUCGGCCGCUUCAUUGCAUGGGCGCUCUACCACGGUCGCUUCAUCUAUUCAGGCUUCACGAUGCCCUUCUAUAAGCGCAUGCUGAAAAAACUGACGAUGAAGGACAUCGAAUCGAUCGAUCCAGAAUUCUACAAUUCGCUCGUCUGGAUCCGCGACAACAACAUUGACGAGUGCGGUCUCGAACUAUUCUUCAGCGUCGACUUUGAAAUUCUUGGACAG